CGCUUACCUGACAAAUCACAAAGCCUCCAAGCGGAAAUCUUCAUCCCCCGUAACACAGACAAACAGAUACUCUCUCCCAAAUCUCUCAACGUCUGAAAAUCAAUUUCAAUUGCAAGAACAGAACCACAGAUGGCAAACAAGAACCAAAAGAAGGCUAAUCUCUUAGAUCACCACUCUAUCAAGCACAUUCUCGACGAGUCUGUCUCUGAGAUUGUUACCAGUCGCGGAUAUGUGGAAGAUUUCAGGACAAGCAAUAUAAGAUUAUUGAUUGGGAUCAUUAUCAUAGUUAUUGCGCUUGUUGCUCAGUUCUACAAGAAGAAGUUUCCUGAGAACAGGGACUUUUUGAUCGCUUGUAUCGUAUUGUAUAUAGUCUUCAAUGGAUUGUUGCAGCUGAUUACUUACACAAAAGAGAAGAAUGCAAUCAUGUUCACAUAUCCUCCUCAUGGAUCUUACACCAGCACUGGUUUGGUGGUCUCUUCCAAAUUGCCCAGAUUUUCUGAUGAUUACACACUUAGCAUAGCAAGUGCAGAUCCGAAAUCAAUUUCUGCAGGAAAACCAGUGCAGUUUACCAAGAGCGUCACCCAGUGGUUCACCAAGGAUGGAGUUUUAGUGGAAGGUUUGUUCUGGAAAGAUGUUGAAGCUCUAAUAAAUGAUUAUGCAGGAGAACCAAAGAAAAACAAGUGAGCUGCUCCCCUUAAAUUGUUUGAUAGUUCAAUGGUUAGACAGAAAGAAAGUUAGCAAAUUGAGAUUUGAGAUGGAUGCUCCUUGCAAUUAUGAUUAUUCUCUUAAAAAAUUUUUGAACCAAACUAAAUGAACAUCGACUUCACGAGUAUUUUGGAUUAGACCUGUUAAUGUCAUUCAUAUGGUGUUGCCUCUUGGAAAGCAAUGGCUUUGUCUUCUGUUGGAAGGCACAAGGUAUGUCCAAGUCUUAUAUUGGCUACUGGUAUACACCUUGAUUGAUGCUCAACUGGGAUAAUUUCAGUAUGUCAUUUUCAACAAAUAUACUCACUCCAUUUGUUUGGCGAA